GCUGAAUUCCCCUCCACGAGCUUCACUAGCUACCGCGUCGAUGCACGCAAGAAACGCUUCCCGCAAUGCAUUUCCCACCGGGGCAACAAGGUCUCGCAUCCGGAAAACACCAUGGCUGCUUUCCGCUCCGCUGUUGAAGUUGGCACGCACGCGCUAGAAACGGAUGUGCACUUUACGAAGGACGAAGUGGUGGUGUUGAGCCACGAUGACUCGCUGGAGCGCUGCUAUGGUCGGCCAGAGAAGAUUUUGGACUCCACGUGGGAGGAGAUCAAGGAUGUGCGCACGAUCCGCGAACCCCACGAGCCGCUGCCGCGCUUGGCGGAUUUGCUGGAAUAUCUAGCGCAGCCGGGCUUGGAGGAGAUCUGGCUGCUGUUGGACAUCAAGCUCAGCAAUGACGCGGACACCAUCAUGCGCCUGCUCGGCUCGACGAUUGCAUCCGUGUCGCCGGCGGCACGCAAGAAAUGGGAAGAGCGCGUGGUGCUGGGCAUCUGGGCUGCUAAGUACUUGCCGCUGGCGAUGAAGUACCUGCCCGACUUCCCCGUGACGCACAUCGGCUUCUCGCUCAAAUACGCACGCCAUUUCUUCACCGUGCCCAACGUCAGCUUCAACAUGCUCCUGCCCAUGUUGGUUGCGCCGGGUGGGCGGGCGUUCAUCCGCGAUGCGAAGCAGAAGCAGAAGCGCCAAGUGUAUGCGUGGACGGUGAACGAAGAGGACAAGAUGGAAUGGUGCAUUCGGCGCAAGCUCGACGGCGUCAUCACCGAUGACCCGCGCAAGUUCCUCGACGUCUGCGCACGCUUUGACGAGUUCAGGCGCGAGCCGGUCUUUGCGCUGCGCUUCAAGGCAUAUUUCGAAAUCAUGCGCAUC